AAGUUAAUCCAUUCCAUUGCCCUUCAUUUCCCUCCAUCUUACCGGAGCGCCAAUGAGUUCACCGUCGCCGGAGAAGAAACAAUGGGGAGAGAAGGUUUCACAGACGGUUUUCUCAGCAUACAACCGUCUCCCAAAGAAAGGAAAGCCUCAAGGUCGUGAAGUCACCGUCUUAGCCGCAUUCCUUACUUCUUCCCCUUCUCAAGAGUUGAAGGUGGUUGCAAUGGGGACAGGAACCAAAUGCAUUGGGCGUUCUCGUCUUAGUGUUUCUGGUGAUGUUUUGAAUGAUGCUCAUGCUGAAAUUGUAGCUAGAAGAGCUUUAGUAAGGUACUUCUACUCAGAGAUUCAAAAGGGUAGUGCUCAAUUUCCAGUUGGAUCUGCCACAGACUCCAUUUUCUAUCAGGAGGCAGGAGGUUUCGGCAAUGGAAAAUACAAGAUGAGGCCGGGUUGGCAAUUGCAUUUAUACAUAUCACAAUUGCCAUGUGGAGAUGCUUCUCUCAAUUCACAGCUUUUUCCUUGCUUGAAUAGUUCACUGAAAGAAGGUUGUUCAAUAUCUUCAACAAGCAAACUGAAUGAUCUUAUGGAGGAAUUCUUAGAGUCGUCCAUGAAGAACAACGGUGAUUGUUCACAGGUCAUUGGCACUGUUCAAAGGAAACCUGGUCGUGGCGAUGCAACUUUGUCAGUGAGCUGUUCCGAUAAAAUUUCCCGUUGGAAUGUUGUGGGUGUCCAAGGGGCUUUACUUUCUCAUUUUCUACAGCCAGUUUACAUUUCAUCAAUAACUGUCGGGCAAUCCCGUAAUUGUUCUGAUAAGGAAGUAGAAGAGCAGUUGAGAAGGUCUUUGAGUGAUAGAGUUCUACCAUUAUCGAAGAAACUAACAAGUCCUUUUAAAGUUAAUAAGCCAUUGUUUUCUGUAGCUUCAGUACCUCUUGAGGUGUUUCGCCAUGCUGAAACUGCUGCAUCCACUUUAACAUGCGGAUAUUCAAUAAGCUGGAAUAAGUCCGGUUUGCACGAAGUCAUCCUUGGAACCACUGGACGAAAGCAAGGGACAUCUGCAAAAGGUGCCAUGCACCCCUCUUCGGAGUCAACUUUAUGCAAGAAAAGAAUGCUGGAAUCAUUUCUGUCACUGAGUCGAUCUUUAACCAAUUUUCCAUUGAGUGAAACUUCCUACCGGAGACUAAAGGAGAAGGCCGGAGAAUAUAAUUCAGCCUUGAAGAUUUUUAAGGAAAGCCCGCAGUUUAGCAAUUGGCUUGUGAAGCCAUUACAGUUUGAGCCUCCCGUUCUUAUGGGGCAAUGACUUGAACUUCAGAUGGUUGAGCUGCCAUUGGACCUAUUACAGAUGCUUCUUUUCCAAGGAUAUGAGGUCUUGUUUCUUCUCUUAAUUCAUUGUUCUUGAAAUUUCAUAUUGCAUGUAAUUUAAAGCUGUUGUAACAUCUACUUUGUCAAAAAGAAUACCUUCCCAUUUAAUUUAGAUUUAAUUGGUUUCUGGCUU